AUGGCGUCGCUCCGGCAGGUGGCUGAUGUCAAGAAAGCUGUUGGAGUUGGAAAAGAGAAUGAUUGUAGUGCAAGUGCGAUACGUCAAGAAUUAAUGAGACUGCCAAAUUCUCAGCAACCAGAUAUGCUCGACAACUAUAUUGCAAAAAAUACUGAUGACUUUAUAGCAUCGGAAUCAGAUAGACAAGCGUUUCUUAUUAAGCAGCAGGAAGAGGAGUUAGAGGAGCUUAGCGUAAGUGUCCAGAGAAUCGGAGGCGUUGGGCUUACUAUACACAAAGAACUCCUUGCACAGGAGAAGAUAUUAGAUGAGUUGGGUACCGAAAUGGACAGCAGAAAAAACCAACUGGAUUUUGUUCAGAGAAAAAUGGUUAUUAAUAUGAACAAGGUUGGCGUUAACGGCCAAAUAAUGAUAAUAAUAUUUUUGCUAGUUCUGUUCAUUCUGGUCUUCUUCGCUUAA